AUGGCUCGUGAAGACCAUGCUUCAUUUAUCUUUCCCCCAAUUUUCUUAAUUUUUUGGAAUCGUGCAACUCCUUAUUUACAGCGUCAACCAUCAUUCUCUAACACGAAAGAAUCAUGUCAGACGAAAAUUGCUACUCUCCGGAAAUAUUUUCUUACCGCAGCACCACAAUUGAUGACACGUCUUGGCAAUAUUUUGAUAGAUCUAGCAAAAGAACAAUCGGUGAACGAUCUAGAUUCUGUCCUUCUAGAACUAGUUCAGAAUGCUGAUGAAGGAAGACUUCCUAAUGAAACUAAUGAGCGUCCAAAUGAUACAAACGAUGACAGCCGUGAUUUAGCAUUGGUUGAGUCGGAAUCACAGGAAGCAACGGAAUUGAUUAAACUCAUCCAUGCUGAUUCAACUAAUCGUUUUGAGCGUGGAUUGAGCCGUGAAUUGACACCAGAUGAAGUUUCGAAAUUUGAGCAAGCAAAGCGACAAUUAUCUACUGGUAGGGCAAAGUUGAGAAAGCAACAAACGUUGGAAAAAGUACGUAAUAGAACUGAAGUGGUAGUUGAUGAACAACAACAACAACAGCAACUUAAAAAAUCGGAUAUCGAACAUGGAUUAGAAAAUGAUAUUUGUACGAUUAUCGACGGGAUCUUACCAUUGAUUCGGCAACAUAGCGAAUUGAUCGCUGACGAUAGUUUUAUGCGACAGUUGCGCGAUGAAUUACUGCAACAGGCGUCUGUGAUCUGCUUUCCCGGAGAUAUUGCUCCAACGGAUCUCUUUCGCAGUCAGUUGAGCACAAUUAUUGAUGAUACGUUAUCUCAAAGUUUAAAUGAUCAUUUGAGUGCCUUAGAAUUGCAUAUUCCAAAACGUCAAAACCUCUUACCAUUAAAAGUAUCACUAGUCUGCACAACUGGUAUUCAGUAUGAUUUUGAGUUAAUUUGGUUUUCUGCUUGGUUGAUGCUUUGUGCUUUUGUAAUUCUUGAGAUUUUCCGUUCUAAACAUGUAUCACCAUGGUCAGCAUAUCUAAAUAGUUGGCUAUUGAUUUUCAUCGAUAAACAAGACUCACCAGAACUUAUUUUAACUCCUAUUUAUCUAUUGGCUGGAAUAUUUUUGCCUCUUUUCCUUUCACCUAUCAAUAAUAACGAGUAUCGUCAUUUGUAUCAUUUCGCGGGUGUUGCUACAGUUGGUGUUGGUGACAGUUUGUCAGCAAUUGUUGGUUCACAGUAUGGACGUUUACAUUGGCCAAAAUCACAGAAAACAGUGGAAGGAAGUGUUGCAUUUGCUCUUGGCCAAUUUACCUUUUCUAUUCUAAUAUGUUUAUAUUAUUUAAAAUGUGAUAUUGGGAUUUAUCAUUUACUUAGGAUUUUAUUUUGCUCACUUAUAUGCGCCCUUUUUGAAGCUGGAUUACCUGCCAUGGAUAAUAUUAUUCUACCUGUGAUAGCUUAUUUGAUUUUGUUUUAA